AUGUAUAGUGUACUAUUCUUAGUCACCGUUGCUAGUGCCAUAGCACUACCAAACCCUGACGAAGUUAGUCCAGUGGAUAAAGUCCAGGUUAUCAAAAAAGACUGUGGAAGUGGAAUUCUUAGUCUUACGUGUUUAAAGCAUGGAGCUAUAGCAUUGCUGGAGAAGUUAAAUAACAAGGAUGAAGUGGCUUUAAUCCCUGGUGUUAGUUUAGUGAAAGAAGAUAGAAAAUCUAAUUAUGAAGAAGUGGCUACAGACCUAGCGAGGUCCUUCUCAAGUGAUCAAGAAAAUAAACUUGAUAAGUCUUUGUUGUACCAUGUGGGCAGUUUUCUGGACUCACAUUCAGUCAAACUGAGACUGUUGGAUGAUAAUGCUGUUGAGGAAGCUAAAUCUGCAAUGGAAGAAGGCAGAGGCAGGAAGAAGAAGGGUGGUAUGGGUGGACUCAUCGCUAUGGCGGCUAUGAUGAAAGUGUUUGCACUGCCAAGUCCAGAAAUUAUUGAAAGUCCUAAAAAUUCAGUGGAACCUACAAUUGAAAAUGGAGCAAGAGCGUUCAGCAAAGAUUGUGUCAAUGGAAUAUUCAGCCCUACCUGCUUGAAAAUUGAAGCCAUUUCAAUGCUUGAGAAAUUAAGUGGUAAAGAAGAACUUUAUCUUCUGCCUGGUGUGAGCGUGGUCAAGGAACCCAGUAAAGAAAAUGCUACUAAAGUUGAAGAAUUUGCUGCUGAACUGGCAAGAUCGUUUCCAUCGAAACCUGAUGAGAGACUGGAUAAAUAUUUGCUGUACAGACUUGGAAAUUACUUGGAAACUCAUACAGUGAAACUGAAGUUACUUGAUGAGAGUACUGCUGAGGAAGCCAGAGCUUUGGUUGGUGAAGCCAGGGCUAAAGGUGGUCUCGGUGGAAAGAAAGGGGGCAUGGGAGGUUUGAUAGCCGCUGGUUUGAUGAUGAAAGGUACCAUGAUGUCAAUUGCUCUUGGAGCCCUGGCGCUUCUCGCAGGCAAAGCUUUGGUCACGGCCAUGAUGUCACUGCUUCUCUCUGCUAUCAUCGGUAUCAAGUCUCUCUCCGGUGGUCAAAAGUCUACGACAUAUGAAAUCGUCUCCAAACCAAUCUACUCUCAUUCUCACUCUCAUUCGACGGCCCAUGAAGAUGCUGGAGGGUAUGGACAUUCAGGGUAUGGCAGGAGUAUGAACGUUAGGAGGCGUUGA